GCUGGAGCUGGGAGAGACGCGCCGAAGACUGGGCCAGAAAACCAGAGACCUAGGGACGCGCGCUGGGAGAGAGCCAACAAGAAACCCGCGGACCGGACAGCAACACCGGCGAGCCGCACCGAACUGUUCCAGCCGCUGGCCUUCCGUAGCCGCUGCACCAGGACAUUUCUCUAAAGCUCUCCAAGACGCCCCCUCCCCUUGGCUCCUCCCUUUGAACCAGAAAAAGAAAAAGAGAGGAAAAAGAAAGGAAGGAUACUAGAAAGGAAAGCCAGAUUUGCCACCACAACAAAAGGGGAGGAGGGAAAAAAAGUCGAGAGACUGUGGGGCUGAAACGCAAGCCGCGGAAGCGUGGGCCGAGCGAUGCGGGGCUGCGCGCCCAAGCGGCCGCGAGUUGUGACUGAAGCCAGGAUGCACGGCCAGGCACGGUGAAGAGCCAGAUCACAUUGCCUUCCCGAAGGAGUCCAGGCGCAGGGAGGGCCGCUGCGAGGACACGGAAGGCCUCCUGGCAGGCCAACGGCCGAGGGAAAAACCCGGUGGUGGGCCGUCUGGCACGCACACACAACCUGCCUUCAUACUUCGACAAAAGCAGAUGCACUUUGACUUCUGACAGCUCUACCUCAAGCAGGAGAGAACCCAGCGUCGCUUUCUUGAAUCCCGAGCUCUUGCCGUCUUUCUUUUAGCCUGUUUCAAUUUUAUUUCCGUCCCGCCCCCUUUCUCGGUGACCUUCACUCCUUCUUCGGCUUUGGGCAGAAGAGCGGCUUUCUUGUCCGCUGGAAACUGAUUUUCCUCGCCUAGUGAGCUGAGGUGGCGCUGCUCCAGCCCCGCGGCCCUGGGAUUCCCGGGCUGCCCCGUACCAGCCUGGACUCUCCCCUUUUGAUUUGCUGGUGCGGUUUUUUUGCUUGCCCGACUUGAGCGGGUUUUUUCUUUUUGGAGGAACUGGGAAGCUCAGGCUGGUUGUCUUCAGGAGUCACCUCCUCGAUUCUAUUUGCCCCAUCGAUCGGAGCCUCACCGGACCAAACCAAAGACCAUGGUGCACUGUGCGGGCUGCAAAAGGCCCAUCCUGGACCGUUUCCUCUUGAACGUGCUGGACAGGGCCUGGCACGUCAAGUGCGUCCAGUGCUGUGAAUGUAAAUGCAACCUGACCGAGAAGUGCUUCUCCCGGGAAGGCAAGCUCUACUGUAAAAACGACUUCUUCCGAUGUUUCGGUACCAAAUGCGCGGGGUGUGCGCAGGGCAUAUCUCCAAGCGAUCUGGUGCGGAGAGCACGAAGCAAAGUCUUUCACCUCAACUGCUUCACGUGCAUGAUGUGUAACAAGCAGCUUUCCACGGGCGAGGAGCUCUACAUCAUCGACGAGAACAAGUUCGUUUGUAAAGAGGAUUACCUGAGUAACAGCAGUGUCGCCAAAGAGAACAGCCUCCACUCUGCCACCACAGGCAGUGACCCUAGUUUAUCUCCGGAUUCCCAAGACCCAUCGCAGGAUGAUGCCAAGGACUCGGAAAGUGCCAACGUGUCGGACAAGGAAGGUGGGAGCAAUGAAAACGAUGACCAGAACCUAGGUGCCAAGCGCAGAGGACCCCGAACCACGAUCAAAGCCAAGCAAUUGGAGACAUUGAAGGCAGCCUUUGCAGCUACACCCAAGCCCACACGCCAUAUCCGUGAGCAACUGGCCCAGGAGACUGGCCUCAACAUGCGGGUCAUUCAGGUCUGGUUCCAGAAUCGACGUUCCAAGGAGCGGAGGAUGAAGCAGCUGAGCGCGCUGGGCGCUCGGCGCCACGCCUUUUUCCGCAGUCCCCGCCGGAUGCGGCCGCUGGUGGACCGCCUGGAGCCCGGCGAGCUCAUCCCCAAUGGCCCCUUCUCCUUUUACGGAGAUUACCAGAGCGAGUACUAUGGUCCCGGGGGCAACUACGACUUCUUCCCGCAAGGACCGCCAUCCUCGCAGGCCCAGACGCCAGUGGACCUACCUUUUGUGCCAUCAUCUGGGCCUUCGGGGACGCCGCUGGGAGGUCUGGACCACCCGCUGCCUGGCCAUCACCCUUCCAGCGAGGCACAGCGAUUCACCGACAUCUUGGCACAUCCCCCAGGGGACUCGCCUAGUCCUGAGCCCAGCCUGCCCGGGCCUCUCCACUCCAUGUCAGCGGAGGUCUUCGGACCCAGUCCACCCUUCUCAUCUCUGUCCGUCAAUGGCGGGGCCAGCUACGGGAACCACCUGUCCCAUCCUCCUGAAAUGAACGAGGCAGCCGUGUGGUAGCGGGGCCUCGCAUGGGCCACGGGAUCUCGUGGUUGUACAGAGACUACAGAGACGAACUUUUAUUUAAGAAAAAAAAAAUAGGAAAAAAAAAACAUAUAAAAAGCAAGCCUCCUGCUCCUCUUCCUCCAGCCUCGGGGACCAUUCUCAGUAUGGGGGAGACUGGAAGGCAAAGGGGGUCCAAAAUAGGAUCCAAAUCCGCCUCACGGUAGAGCUGGGAUAUCCACACACUGGCUGGCAAAACGCAGAACUGGG